AUGCCAACAAGGCUAAGCAUGCACAGCCAAAAGACUGAUAAAGCUGGAUCUGCCACCAAUGCCCGGGCUGAGCCCUGUACCCAGUCCUCUACGCUUCCGUCUGGGUCCUCCAAGCCCACUAGGCUACCACCAGAGGCCACUGCCCAACCCACUCUUGGUCCUGAGGGGCCCAGGGCUCGGCCUAACAAGCCGCACCCUGACCCCAGUGUCCGGUCCAAGCUGCUGCCUGGUAACAAAUCUGGGUCCAGUGAGCCUCACGGUAAGCCACACGAGCAGCAGAGCGGGACAGGCGUACAGACCCAGGUCGGUGGCCGGUCCAGCAAGACAUCACGGGCCGCUGCACAGCCGACCACGUCAUCAGUGACCGCUGCACAGCCGACCACGUCAUCGGUGACCGCUGCUCAGCCGACCACGUCAUCGGUGAUCGUGGACCCGUUCACUGAGCCACCGCCUGUGACCAGCGACCAGCCUUCUUCGACAGCCUCUGCGGAGGAGUGCGCGCUGUGGCCUCCUCUCCCUCCUUCAGACGAGGACCAUCGAUCCUCUGAGACCAGCUCCUCGGGGUCCUCAGAGCUUUCUCCUCCAGACUGUGACGUCAGCUCUGUACUCGGAGAAGUCACUAAAGAAGAGGUCCUUAGUGCCAUUAAAGAACUCAACUCAGGAGGAAAGGGACUCAGGAAAGGAGGGGCCAAGCGUCACCGCAAAGUUCUCCGUGACAACAUCCAGGGCAUCACCAAGCCUGCCAUCCGCCGUCUGGCUCGCCGCGGCGGUGUGAAGCGUAUCUCCGGUCUGAUCUACGAGGAGACCCGCAGAGUCCUCAAGGUGUUCCUGGAGAACGUGAUCCGUGACGCCGUCACUUACACCGAGCACGCCAAGAGGAAGACCGUGACUGCCAUGGACGUGGUAUACGCCCUGAAGAGACAGGGCCGCACCUAG